CCUUCUGUGGUAGAGCUGCAGAUGCAAGCAUCACAUGUAGACUGCACUUGGCCCCAUGCAUGAAAUAUGUUGCAUUUGAAGGAAAGGACACUGGGAGGAGGUUCUAUGGAUGUGCUGUUCCUCAGGAUGGUAUUGACUGUGGAGUUGCUCAGUGGGUUGAUGCCCCAUGGCCUUCUAUUCUGCAAAGAUGUUUGGAGAAGAUAUGGGAGAUGUUUCAUGAGGAGAAUCAUGGCAGAAUGAUUGACCAUGAGAAGUAUAAGAAAGAGUUGGACAAGGUCAACAAGCAGUUGGAUACACUUGGGGAUCAGUACAGUCAGCUGGUUGAGGAUGUCACCAAGAUGUUUGAUUGGGCAGAUCAGAACAACAGGGUCAUGAGUGAUGAAGAGUUCAAGCAGAAGCAGAUGGAUGUGGACAAGGACAUGGAGAAGCUAGCUAUCAGCAAGGAGAAGCAGAGUGCUGACUUUGGCAAGAUGAAGGAGAUGGAGAAGCUGGCUCAGGAGCUGAAGGAGAUGAAGUGCAUUCUUAGGUCUCAGGGGGAGAUCAUUAGGAACACAAGGAAGGAGAGGGAUGAGAUGAAGAAAGAGAGGGACAGGCUGGUAGAGGAGAAGAAGAAGCUGGAGUUUCUGGUGGGUGAUCUUAUGAAAGCUGGUCAUGGCAACAAGGACAAGCUUGCCAAGAUCAAGUCAAUCCUUGAUGAGUGAACAAUGAUGUUCAUCACCUCAGUUAUGUUAAGCUAAUAUGUGGCCUUGGAACAAUAUAGCUGGCCUUGGGGUUGUAUAUUUUGGGAAUCCCCUAGUUAUGUAAUGACUGUAAUGAUUUUCUACAAAAC